GUCAACCUUUCUUUUCCCACUGGGUUUUGAGAGGGACAUGAUGUGACGCUACGCUUCCACUUGGUGUCACUCCAUUGCUUGCUGCGUUUCCUAGCAACCUGGCUGGCUGCCUGCUAUGGUAGCCCAUGCGGGCCAAAGCGCGUUUGGUAAAGACACGCGGGCCACAUUAACAUUACAUACUGACGACCACUCGAGGGCCACAAAAUGUCGGCCGGCGGGCCACAAGUGGCCCGCGGGCCUUGACUCUGAGACCUCUGAUCUAAAAGGUUUAAAAACAGCUUUCUCUGCCUGCCUUCUAUUAUUGUUUGAGAACCAGCGCCACAGAAUGGCCUUGAAUAUAUACUACACUCAUAAAAAUGAUUCAAGCACUUCUUAGAUGUGACAAAUUAAUAUUCUAUUUGUCUAAUGAAAUAUAUAUUAAUUCAAAUAAAAACCAAAAUAGUUUAACUCGUACAACUUAAAAUGUAUUCAUCGUCUCCGCUGACGCUGCUGACCUAUCCGUUCAACCCAAAAAGAUUGAGGUCAAUGACGGAAGUAUGCGCACGUGAGGUGACCACGCCCCUCUUUCCAUGCCCUGAAGCAGCGCGCCAUUUUGUUCAUCUUCUGCCUGCAGCGAGCGACUUCAAUUUACUCUCGGUAAGUUUGCAUUUUUUUCAGUAGUCCCAAAGUGGGAGCUAUUGCAUGCUGUUCUAUAAAUUGGCAUCUGUAAAGUUGCCGUGAUAAUGUAAAGAACAGAAGAAUUUCACAUGGUUUUUUAAAGGUUGAGUUGGCAGGCAGUGGCUGUGUGAGGCCUCAUUUCAGUUUUGAGCUAGCUUAAUAUAGUAAAACUGAUUGGGCUCAAUUGAUCCAUUAUGACAAAAUGGGGUUUGUGGUUAGGAUGUGUAAAAAAUAGUGGCUACAUUGUGAAUCAUCAAAAGAUAAUUUGAUGUUGGUGAUUAAUGUGCCGCACCAGACAUUUUUUGUGUUUGUCUGUUGACAGAGUCUACUCAGACGCUUCAUAAAAGGUACUACACGAUAUCACUGCCUUGCAGCUGACCAAACUGGAUGUCACAGACAAGACCAUCUGGCUCAGCCCACAAAACAUCGGCAUUGGUCUAGGUGCAGAGUCAGUCCUUUAGGUAGUGUGAUGUUUUCAAAAGAUAAUUUUACAAAUGGUUAGGGUGAACCAGGUGUCAUUGAAGACAUGUUCUAUAUUCAUGGCUAAUUUCUCUCUCUAGAGAAUCAAAGGUGCAGAGCUCUCGAGUUCAAGAGAGAGUGCAUGCAGGGACUGAGUAACAUGAUCAAGAAAGUGCAGGACAAGAGCCCCCUCAAGUAUCUGACUGUUAGGCAGAUGGUGUGCCUGGAUCCGUCAGUAAUGUAUAGAGAACCAGAAAGAGGCAGGAAUCACAUGAAAGGGCUGGUUCAAAGGUUUCUCCAGGACAAACAGCUUACUGAUACUUCUUCGGGGGAUGUCAUACUGCAGCAGUUUGACAGUCUCCUGUCCUUGGAGAGCCGGAGUGAGGACUUCCUCUCCUUUCAACCCAUGCAGAAGAGGCUGGACAUCUUCCUGAGCAGCGCCAUGGAGCCUUAUCCCGAGCUGUGGGCCUUCUGCAAGAAGCUGCUCAUCCUCUCCCACGGUCAAGCUGCAGUUGAGCGUGGAUUCUCAAUCAAUAAAGAGGUGGAGUCUGAUAACUUGGCGGAGGAUACUGUGGUCACACGGAGACUGGUGUGUGGCUACAUCAUACAACAUGGAGGUGUUACCAAGGUUCCACUCAGUAAACCGCUACUGGAAAGUGUAGCAAGGGCAAGGACAAGGUUUCGUACCCAUCUGGAGACCAAAAGAAGGAACAGGGAGGCAAAAGACCAGGCUCUCAAGAGGAGGGAAGCAGAGGACUGUCUUGAGGAGCUGAAGGUUAAGAGGAGACGUGUACAGGAGGUAUCUGAGGGUCUGGCUAGGGAUGCGGACAAGAUGGCUGAGGAGGCUGAAGCGAAGGCAGGGAGCAAGAUGGCUGGCCUGAUCACCAGGUCAAACAUCCUGCGGAGAGGCCAUAAGGAGAAGUUGGCAGAACUGGCUCUCCUUGAUAAAGAGAUCGCUGCUAAGAGUGCAGAGCUUAGGAGUUGACUGUGUGAUCAUAAUUUUAUUUAUUGUUGAGUUGAUUUUCAUUGUUUAUUGUUAAGGAGUCUGUGCUGUUGGCGUAAGUACUCACCACUAUGCUGCAAUAUUCCAUCAUUCCAUAAUGCUUUACAGUCCACAUUUUCACAUUUGUUGAAAUAAAUGACCAAAUUUUGAACAAACGUUGUCGGUAGGUCUGUAAAAUAGGCCGUGAAAUAGGUAUUAAUUUUUAUAUAAGUGGUCUUAAAAGGGACUUAAAAAGACUUGAAUUUGACUUGAACAAAUCUGUAGGAACCCUGUAAUAAAAUAACCUCAAACA